GUUCCCGGUGGCUGCUCAGCCUGACGUGUGCGAGUUUCCCGCAAGUGAACGGGCUCCGGAAAGCUGCUAAGAAGUUGGCUAAACCGUACAAUAAAUGAGAGAAGAUGGGGGGCAAGAAUAAACAGAGAACCAAAGGAAAUGUUCGGCCCUCCAGCAGCGGCAGAGCCGCCGAGCUUCUGGCCAGAGACAGCGGGCUCCUUCCGUGCUUCGUGGGCUUCGGCUCGUCCACGUCCCACGACCUGGGCUACGUGCCCGCGCUGCACGGCUCCGAGGACAUCGACAGCCUCGUGGACGCCGACUUCCGGCUGGUCCUGAGGAAACUGUCCAAAAGAGACACGGUCACUAAGUUAAAGGCUGUUCAAGAAUUCGGCAUCAUGUGUCAAGAGCGGGAGGCAGAGGUGGUUAAAGGUGUGCUGCCUUACUGGCCCCGGAUAUACUGCAAGAUCUCAGUGGACCAUGACCGCCGCGUGCGUGAGGCCACUCAGCAGGCUUUCGAGCAGUUGAUCCUCAAAGUCAAACGCAGCCUGGCUCCGUACCUUAAAAGCAUAAUGGGACACUGGCUCAUCGCUCAGUGUGACACGUAUCCUCCGGCGGCCUCUGCUGCCACUGUGGCGUUCCAGGCGGCCUUUCCGCUCAACAAGCAGGCGGAGGCGCUGGGCUUCUGCAAGGAGGAAGUCCUGAAUAUUCUUCAGGAUAACCUGCUAAAGGAAACCCCAGAGACUCUCAGUGACUCUCAGUGUGUCCCAGAGGAGGAGAGGUUGGCCAAGUACACACGCCUGGUCACCAGCUCCUUCCUGGCACUGAAGAAGCUGCUGGCCACCUUGUCCCAGCAGGACCUGGAUGCGCUGGCCGAGCGUCUCCCACACCUGGCUGCACAGAGCAAGUUCUGGAAGUACAGCAGACACAAGACCCCGCAGAUCAGGGGGGCUUUCUUCGAGGCUGUGUCGGCACUGUGUGACCGCACACCUAAGCUGGUCCAGGCACAAGCGAGUUGCGUCUGCCCUGCGGUCCUCCUGAGCAUCGAUGAUACAGACCCCGUGGUGCUGCCCCCGCUCUGGGAGGCAGUGCUCCAUGUCCUGUCCAACAUCCCGGACUGCUGGACCCAUGUGAAUGCCAGGAAGGGGGUGCUGCCCAAGCUCUGGCUGCUGCUAAGAGAGGGGGGCAAAGGCCUAGCCACUAUCCUGCAUCCAAACCUGCUACCCUUCAUCAGCAAGCUGCCCAAGGACAUCACAGUGCCGCAGCUGGACUUCUACUGCAUCUUCUUUACCUCCAUCAUUCAGGGGCUGUCCAGUGAGCGUGCAGCCUCCAGCCCCUCAGAGAGCGCCGCCAUUGUCUGCGCCACUAUGGAGUGUCUGCGCUUCAGGGUUCUGCAGAAUGCCAGUGAGGAUGAAGACAGCCGCAGUGUUCAGAGAAUGCUCCUUGUGGACCAGCUCCUGCCCUUGGUGGACCGUGCGGUGGGCAGUGUUCUGCUGCAGCACGGUCCACUCUUCGCCCAGGUCACGGACAUGUUGGUCUCCUGGGAGAAGCGGGCGGGGUUGGGGUCUGGCCCCACUGAUGAGGACAGUGCUGUUUCCAGGGAUCCCAUCUUCCGUGAACUUGUGGCUGACUUCUGGGAGGGUCUGGGGCGGAUGUGUGUGUAUCGUGUGGACCAGGAGGAGGAGCGAGAGGAGGCGCUAGUGGGCCUGGCCACUCUGUUGCGUGUGAUGCAGAACCCUGCAAGACCGAAUUGGAGGAAGAAGACGGCUAAGAUCUGCUUUUCUGACCCAGGGGACAGUGAAGGAGGGCCCGAGGGGGAGGAGGAAGGGAAGGGCUCUAUUCCAGCAGAUGGGCAUGAGGGGCCAUCACUGCUGAGGAGUGGGCACCUGGAGCAGCUGGUGUGCCAGCUGGCGGAGCUUGCCAUGGUGCAUGUGACAGAACGUGACUCAGAGAGGCACCUGCGUUUCCUCUCGGUGCUCCUCGCCUCCUUCCCCUCCCACCAGUUGUUUCGAGUGCUGCUCGAGCCUGGGACAGAGGAUUUCCCAGAGGAUGGGGAGCAAGAGGCCAUGAUGGGGCUUGAGGGACAGGGAGAGCAUAGGGCAGCACUGGCUCGCAACCCGGCAGUCAUCUUCCUCUUCCAGAAGGUGGUAGUCUGGCUCAAGCAGGAUUGGAGGGAGGACACUGAGCUCCUGGUCAACAUGAUCUUCAGUGUGCUUCACUGCUGUGGCUCCCGGGAGGAGAAGACCAUCAUCCUGAACCACAUCACCGAACAGAUGGAGCUUAGAUGGGGCAUCCUCCUUCAGAUCAUCCAAAAGGCCUGUGAUGACCCAGUGGCCCUGGAGGCCUCAGUGGGCUGGUUGAAGGGUCCGGUACUGGGUGAGAAGCUGGUUGGCCUGGCGCGGGAACUCUGUGCGGUGGGACUGAGGGGCCCGAGAGGGUCUGUACCCACCCACAUCCAUACACACAGCUGGGCUCUCAUCAGCCUGGUGCUUUCCCAGCAGCUUAACAGCGAAGCAGUAAUUGGUGAUGUGUACGUACAAAAAAUCAUCGAUCAGCUCCAUGCCACUCUGUCGGACGCCAAAGAUCUGUCGGAUGCCGGCAACAUGAGGCCGCUGGUGUCCUUCAUCUGUGAUGUGGCGUCCAACUUCUUCUCCUCUAUGAAGGGCUGCCUUCUCCUGGCAUCGGCUGAGGAGCUGCUGCUGACGCUCUUCCAACUCUGUGCACAGGACCAGGAUGUGACACGUCUCUCUGAUUCCUUGCUCCAGAAGCUAAGGCACGCCUGCUUCACCGGCGUUUGCUCAUUGGUCACGCAUGCCGAACCCAAGCUCAAGGAUGGCACUUUCCUACACAGCGUCGCCACAUGGGUCAGGAACCAGCUCCUCACACCUGCCUUGACAGUAAAAAGCCUCCAGGUGUUGGUGGCGGCAGUGCAGAGCUUGGCAGAAUCCUUGGUUGGUGCCGGUCAACGGGGCUCGCACCUGCUGUCACAGUUCAUGAGCCAUCUGACUCCGUCUGAAGAGGAGUGGAGGAGGAUCAGGGAGGCUCUUCCCCCACAGUGGGUGAAGAGCUCGUUGCUGUCAGGACGGCUCAGGGUGACCUGCAGUUACCCGUGCAUGGAUGUGUGGAAGUUCCGCGCCUCAACCAAACUUCCUGCCCACUUGUCGACGUCGGCGCUGCUGGGCCGCAUUCUCCUAACCAUCAUGGACUCAGAUGGCCAGCAGGGGGCAGACAUGAAGUACACAGUUUCGGAGGUGCUGUUUGCGCUGCAGUGGUGCGUGGAGACAGAGAACAGCCCUGCAGUCAUGUCAGACUACUGUGCGUUGCUCCGAGAUCUAAACGUAACCUGGGAAGCAUUCUGUAAGAAGGGCACCACAAACUGUGAUGUGUUAGAAACCCUGUUGGAAAGAUCACUGAAGGAAGGGGCACUGUGGGCCUUGACCCUCGCUAACUACAUCCAGAGUGCAGAAGUCAGCAGCGCUAAUGUUCAGAGGCUCUGCGGAAAUGUGGAGAGCUUUUUCCCUUUAACAGAGGCCAGUCUGAGCACUGUCCUGGUCCUAUGCCCUUCCCUCCCCGCAAAGGAGAAGGAGUCUCUCAUUGCCCUCUGCGUCGCAGCGCUUCUCAACUGGCAGAAUGGCGACCAGGACUUGGUGCAGAUUUAUGCUUUUGGUCUUGCAGGUGGGACAGCUAAUCUUGCGGUCCUGCAGCACUGUUUAAGGACUGGAGCCACAGCCGAUGCAGAGGUGCUGCUUGCUGUUACUGCCACACUAAUGGAAUGGCGCAAUGGCAAGGAGGACCUAUUCCUGUUUAACAGUGACCUGAAAAAGGUGUCUGCUGGGCUCCUGUCACUGAAUGUAGAGAUGAUGCGUUUUCUGAGCUGGGUGACCACUCACUCUCCCGCUGUCCUUCGAGACACACAAUGGGAUAUGUUGCUCUGUUCCAUGCUGGCCUGGCUGGAGACAGCCACUGAGAAUACUGCAGCUUUCUGGAACCCCUGGGUGCAGCUGUUUGUGUGUGAGAACUGCCACUUGAUUGUUACACUCAGCAAGUUCUUCUCAUCGCCCCCUACUGGGGUGGCUGACCAACUGCCUUCCAACUUGACAACUGAGUGGGAGGAGUUCUUCAUGGAGGGGAUCCACACCAGGCUCUUGCCCAUGUUGGUCAAGAUUACAGAGGAGUUCACUGAUCCAGAUGACCCCCUCUUCCCUUUCCCGGUGUUACGCUCUGCUGGGGAGGCACUCUGCUACAUGCCUGUUAGUCUGCUAACUGAGAACAAGCUGCCAGCCCGGUUCAUGGCAGACCAACGGACCAACCUUCCAGAACAGCUGCAGACCCUGCUCAAUACCCUGGCCCCACUGCUUCUCUUCAAGGCCCGUCCAGUUCAGCUCACAGUCUUCCAGAUCCUCAACAAGGUGAUGCCCCAGUUGCCGGAGUUUGACAACGACAGCGAUAAUGCCAAGUGUGAUGAGGAUGAUGAGGAAGAGCCCUGCCUAUCGCCCCCCGCAGCUCUGAUGUCUAUCCUGUUUGAUAUGGAGGAGCUGCUUGAAGGCAUCCUGGGUGGCGUGCAGGUAGGCGAGUUUGCUGUGGUGCAGCCCCUCAGUGACGAGUACUGCUGCAUCCUGGGAUACCUGCUGGCGUGGAAACUCAUCCUCACAUUUUUCAAGGCAUCCCCCUCUCAGCUCCGUGUUCAGUACUCCCUGUACCUCAGAAAGAGUCGUUCUCUCAACAAGCUGCUCCAGCACCUCUUCCGGCUGAUGCCGGAGAACCCCACCCUCCCAGGACAGGUGGCUGAGCCGGGCAGCAAGGACACCAGGACCUUCUUCACAGAGAGCUUGGAUCUUUCCUUGCAUAGAAGCGACUGGCUGGAGAGGGAAGUCCCACACCUUGCCUGCUCAGUGUACUACAGCGCACUGAAAGACCUACCAGCCAUGAUACGCCUGUGGUGGAACGGGCAGGAGAAGCGCGUUUCCAGCACCGUGGAAAAAUUCACCAGCAAGUAUGUGAGUGGCAUGCUGUCCUCACAGGAGAUUGCCUCCGUCCAGGCCAGCACACAGUCCUUUGAGAGCAUGACGGUAAAGGCCAGAUCAACCACAAGGGAGGUCAUUGCCACGUACUCCGUGGAUGACAUCUUCAUCGAAUUGGUGAUCCAGCUGCCACAGAACUAUCCUUUGGGUUCCAUAUCAGUGGAGAGUGGCCGUCGCGUGGGGGUGGCUGUGCAGCAGUGGCGUAACUGGAUGCUUCAACUCAGCACAUAUCUGACGCACCAGAAUGGCAGUAUCAUGGAGGGAUUAGCGCUGUGGAAGAACAACGUGGACAAGCGCUUCGAGGGUGUGGAGGACUGCAUGAUCUGCUUCUCGGUCAUCCAUGGCUCAAACUACUCACUGCCCAAGAAGGCCUGCCGUACCUGCAAAAAGAAGUUUCAUUCAGCAUGUCUGUACAAGUGGUUUACUUCAAGCAACAAGUCAACGUGCCCCUUGUGUAGAGAUACAUUCUUUUAACAACACCACAAUGAAGACCAGUGAUGGACUGACUGACUGUAUAUUUGUACAUAAGACCAGUUGUGUAUCUGAAGUGCUGUGCGCUGCCCUUGCAGGCCCCUGUCACAUGUACUGUUUGGCCUUUAAUUUCUGGAAAUAAAAGGUAUGCCCCAUCUCUGCAAACCAGAUAUUUCAAAAUAAAUGAGCCACGUUCACAAUACGGGCUGCAAUCUGGGACAACAUUUACAAUUUUGUUGAGGCUGUUGAUAAUUUUAGAUUGAAUAUGAUAGUGUGGAAACCCCAUUUGGUUUCCACCAGUUCAGUAUCACUUGAAUGAUGUUUGGAAGAGAGGAUAUACCUUUGCUCUUAUGGUAAUUUCAGAAUGGAAAUAGAUGUGAAAAUGAGAAUUAAAUUAUUGCAACUUAUUGCUUUUUUGAGGUCAGCCUGACAUCUUCAGGAUGGUUUAUUUUUCAGAAGUUCUCCAGUAUAAUUUUCAUAUUGUUUAAAAGAUUUUAUAUCCGUUGUCAUUCUUCUGGGCUCAUACAUAAUACAGCGCACAAGCUAUUGCUGUUUAUUCUUUGGAUAAAAUUGCCCCACCCACCAAGUUAGCUUUUGCAUGAGACCCACAGGCAGACAGAACUGUCAAGGGGGCUCAGCAUGAAAGAACUGUGGAAAAAGAACAGCACCUGAUCAAAGUGUAGCCAAAGCAGAAUAUCUUUCCAAGGACUGUAAAUAUUUAAUAAAACACCACAUUAAAGAACUGUUCGCCUUGCAAAGAUGAUCCAGAUGUUGUAUACUCAGAUUAAACCCAUAUAGGGAAUUUGCUUUUUUGUUGUUUUUGUUCCAUGUAUCAAGUAUCUAAUUGGUAUACAGAGGUAAUGCUGUGAAAUAAAUUACGAAGUAUAAUGAGA